AUGGCGGACAACAAGUCGGACAGCGGCAACUUCAGCACGGCACCCGGUGGCCGACAGCACCAAGCCGAUACAGACUCUGACGACGGCUACGAUGAUGGCACCGUCAACAACGUGGCAAAGCAGCUUCCCGCGCCAGGCCUCCAACCCAUGCAACCUGGUCUUCUCGACAAUCGAACCAAUCCACGAGCCGUUCGCGGCCUGACGAAGGAAGAGGUCAAAGAAGUGUCGGGAAGCUUGAAGAUUCACGUGAAGCUUAACCUUGAGGUGGACUUGAGGGUCCAAGCCUCCUUGAAUGGAGACAUUGUGAUUGGCAUACUCUGA